AUGAUGGUGAAAAGGGAAAAAGUUGAGUUAAAAAGUGGUGACUUUGGAACUUUGGAAUGGAAUGAUGAUGUUAUAGAGAAUGAUCAAGAAUCCGACACCGAUGAAAAUGAAGAUAUGAAACUCGAUGAAGGAGAUGAAAACAGUGAAGAUGAACACAUGAAGAAAGAAAAAAAAGAUGAAAAACUUGAUGAAGGAGAAAGUUUUGAUUCAGAAGAAACAAAAUGUAACAAUAAUAUCUUGGGAAUUGAAGAUGAUGCAGACAAAAAAAGAGAAGUAGGAAAAAGAUAA